AGCUGCAGCGCAUCUCACCUUUGGCUCGCCCCAACGAACACUACAGCAUUAAGUAAAUGCGAUUGACUUCGUGCUCUUCGGAAGACCCAAGCUGGCUAAUCGUUGAAAGUGGGAGAUCCAUACUCAAACAAGAUGUCUCUAUCUUACAAGAUCUCACCGCAGCUAUGGAAGCACCUCGAUCACUUCGCUUCCUUUCCACAGACGGGCAUCUCGCUGCGGCAGAUGGUCCAAUUCGGCCGAAAUCCCAACCCUGGAACCAUUCUCCAAGCUGGUAGCUUCCUAAGAGAGGAACUACCGGUACGGCUAGCGCAUAGGGUUAAGGAGCUUGAUGACCUACCGCGGAGUGCAGGAGAGAUGCCGUCGAUCAUCAAGGUCAAGAAUUGGUAUGCGCAAUCUUUUGAAGAGCUGAUCAACUUCCCCAAGCCAAAGCUACCCGAGGAGAUUCAAAAGCGUCUGCAAGCAUCCGUCACACAAAAUGCCGCGAGUCUACCGACAUCGACGCCGAAUCCAAGCAUGGAGGAGAGCGAUGCCGCCGAUGAUCGAUCUACUGCCAUGGCGCAGGGCGACCUGAACAGCGCAAUUGCAAACGGGAAUGGCAAAGGUGCGGCGCGAAGACAGAUUCCGCUCGAGUCGAGGUACUACGCGAAUUACGAAUGUGUCGAGUGGCCGGCAGAGCUGCAAGAUUACAACGAGCAGUUCACGAAAUGCUUGGAAAACAUCAAACGCAGGCAUGACCCUGUAGUUACGACGAUUGCACAAGGCGUGCUCGAGUACAAGCGAGCGAAUCGACAUACCGCGCUGCAAUCGGACAUGCAACGCUUCCUCGACCGCUUCUACAUGUCGCGUAUCGGCAUUCGCAUCCUGAUCGGCCAACACAUUGCGCUGUCGCGUAGCAACCCCGCGCCGCACGACUCGAUCACCGCGGGGAACGCGUCGCUACGCGGCUUGGCUGCGGGUAGCUCGUCGAUCAGUGGUGGGCCAGAGGAGGAGCAGUACGUCGGCAUUAUCUGCACCAACACCAACAUCAGUGCCAUGGCGCACGAGGCGAUUGAAAAUGCGCGCUUCGUCUGCGAAGAGCACUAUGGGCUGUUCAAAGGCCCGCCAGUGCAGCUCGUCUGUCCAAAAGAUUUGACGUUCAUGUACAUUCCCUCGCAUCUGAACCACAUGCUAUUCGAGCUGCUCAAGAACUCGCUACGUGCGGUCGUGGAGCGAUAUGGCGUCGAGAACGAGGAAAGCUUCCCGCCCAUUAAGGUGAUCGUCGUCGAGGGCAAGGAGGAUAUCACGAUCAAGAUCAGCGACGAGGGCGGCGGUAUUCCUCGCAGUGAAAUGCCCCUCGUGUGGACAUACAUGUAUACGACAGCUCAGUCGGAGGAUCUAGAUCCCGAAUUCAACGCUUCCGACUUCAAGGCGCCCAUGGCAGGGUUCGGCUACGGGCUACCGCUAGCGCGGCUGUAUGCACGGUACUUUGGCGGAGACAUCAAGCUGAUCAGCAUGGAAGGGUGGGGGACGGAUGUCUAUGUGCAUCUCAAUCGGCUGUCAGCCUCGAGGGAACCUUUGCCAUAGCAUUCCGUCCGACUCGGCGCUUCAAGGCCGAUGCUUCUGCUCGUCUUCCAAACUGCAGCCAGCGCCAUGCCCCUACUGUUGUCUGUGGGCGGGGAGCAUGCGAGCAUGUAUUCGCACCGUCCUUCCAUACUGUGCAAGCUUGAUGCAGGCCGUUCUGCAAAGCAGAGCCCUUAUCUCGCAGGAUCUCGUUAUAUGCCGUUACAGCGGACUGUGGCCAUAUAGUUGGUCGAAUAGAUACGAGGUCAGUUUCGUGGUUGGGCCGAUCAUUUUAGGGUUGCUCUGUGCGCCAUUCGCCACCACCCUCCCUUCCAUUGCGCCUUGCAACGUGGCAGAUGAGUGAUCGAUGGGACAGGGCAACUGAGGACGCGAGUACCUGCGCUUUAUAUAAUCUGCUGU